AUGAGUGUUGCCUUCCGCGCGCAUGGCUGACAUCCUUCAAAGGUGUGAAUUCAUGUGCUUGGGGAUGAAGUGCUGCUUGACUUUGGCUCUUCUUUGGGCUGUCGAGGGCAAGACCGCGAGACCAGCGACAGUGUCGCCAGGAGCAAAAGAUUUCGGAGGUGGCAGCCCAGACUUGCCUGGGCAUGGAAAGCCCAUGCAGGAGGUGGGAACCAGCAAGCCCGUGGAGGUGCUGUCCACUCUUCCUGACUGGGCCACCUUCUACCAGAACUACAUGCGGGCCAACCGACCGGUGGUUUUCAAGAACGCGGCCCGCACACAGCGGGCAUUCGAGAAAUGGUCAGAUGAUUACCUGAUUGGCCGGUGGGGGAAGCGCCGGGUGGUGGACAUUGAGAUAAAGAAGGUUGAAGAGCGGGGUGGUCCUACCGUGCAAUGGCCAUUCGAAAAGUUUGCGCGCGAGAUAUACAAGGAGGAGCGGAAGGAUGAACUAUAUGCAGUCAUUGGCUUGGAGGAUGAUGAGGUGCUGGCAGACGUGGACUUUCCAGAGCCAGCGAGGUGUGAGGAGGUUUGGCCACAGUCAGUCACCCUGUGGAUGAGCAAUGGUGGCACUAUGUCUGUGCUACACAACGACGAUGGCGAGAAUUUCUUGAUGCUCUUGGACGGCUACAAGAGCGUCAUGCUGGUGCACCAGGAUGAUGCGCCGAAGAUCUACGCCGACGUUGCAAAGGUUCGAGGCACAUCUCCAGUGCGGCAGGACUCGGUUGAUUUGGUUGCAUUCCCGCGGUUUGCGAACAUCUCCUGGCUGCAUGGGGAGCUUGAGCCUGGGGACACGCUCUUCAUUCCGCACACAUAUUGGCACCAGGUCAACUCCAGGGGCCGCAACCUGGGAGUGAAUAUUUGGUGGAGUCAUAAAGAGGAUUGGCAAUGGUGGGAUUUGAAAACGUAUGAUGCGCCACGUUUUGGCAUGGACUCCAUGCCACCGUUCAAUGAGUUCAAGGCCAAAGCUGCCACGAAUGCAACCUGCACGCCGUUGCCAGCAGAUCGACACAUGGGUGAAACACAGCUAGUGGAUGAAGGGCGAACAAAGGAGAUCAUUCGGAAGAAGCGCGCUAGGCACGCAAAGGGCAAGCGGCAGACGGCUCAGCGUCCUCAAGGAGGUGAACUCUGAAGGGAGAGCUCAAUGUGUAGAAGGAAUGCCACCAGAAGCGGAACAAGAGCUUCGCCGUGACCGUCAGGGCCAACAUCAGCUCGUGAUCAAAGCCAGCACCGUGCCGCGAAGACCAUGGCCAGGAAUGCCG